AUGUCUAUGUCUUUUUCAAAGCUUAUUGUAGUUGUUAUUGGUGGCGCAUCUCCUGGAAUCAAGGAAACAUGGCCAUUCAUUGCAGCCGGUCGCGACAUGCUUCCCUUCCCACUCGCCAUACAGUGCUUCUCACAGGAUCAAGCGGAUAGGAUCAUGAAACUGCAGAUUGGUACCAUCAAGUUCAUCGAGCGGAAUUCACCUAGAACUAUCUUCGAAACCUUGGCUACUUUAAAGGAGGACAUCGCAGGCAUUUUUCCCAACCACGAAGAGUUUUACAGCAUUGUCUAUGGACGGAAAGUUGGAAUAUUUCUGGAUAGACCAACAGCUAUGGCACAGGUCAACGGCCUUGAAAUCCGGAAGUUCCAAAAAUUCAAAACACUGAUUGAAGCUCUCCGCUUCAUGAUAUUCAAGGGCGACAUUUGUGAUGACGACUCUCAGCUAGAUUCGACUUCUUUCAGUUGCAAUACCAAUUCUCUUGUGACGAUACAUCAAUCAUCCGCUUCUCAAAGGCAGCACAGAGUACCUCAGCCUGCAGGUUUUCAGCAGCUUGCGGCUCGAUUCGAGCAGCUUCAAGUCACAUCCCCCUCCCCCUACCAGUCUGCUGGUAGUCCAUCACCGUCACCGCCCAUUGCCCUCCACUAUACUAGGUCGCUUUCUGGAAUAACAGGGACUGUUUUCAUUGGAGAAUCCCACAAUUUCGACUUAGACUCACCUCCCGCUGGUGUCCUUGGUAUUGCGGCUGAAAAGUACCUCUUUGCACAUGGCUACCAAGCAUCAGCCAUCUGGAGCAUCAUCCAUGCUUUUAGGGAAGCAAAUUCGUCUCAAGAUUUUACUCACUAUCCGUGCGCUAGAGGAAUGCCUCUGUUGGAGGCCGAAUAUCUUUUCGAGUUGAUUUCAGGACGUGAUGUCUAUCUACCCGAUGGCGUCACCAUCUAG